AUGACUAUUGAAAAAGUAUCUAAAUCUGAAAGAAGUCGUUGUUUUUUUGAUAUUCAAAUUGAUGGUGAUCCUGUUGGACGUGUGGUAAUGGAAUUGUUUGAUGAUUUGGUUCCGAGAACUACAAAGAAUUUUCUUAUGCUAUGUACAGGACAGGCUGGUUUAGGCAAAGUUACUGAGAAGCCACUUCACUACAAAGGGUCUCUGUUUCACCGUGUUAUUAAAAAUUUUAUGGUCCAGGGCGGUGAUUUCUCUGCAGGUAAUGGAACUGGAGGAGAAUCAAUUUAUGGAGGUGUUUUUGAUGAUGAAUCUUUUCUAAUUAAACAUGAUCAGCCAUUUAUGUUGAGCAUGGCAAACCGUGGUAAGGACACAAAUGGUUCUCAGUUCUUUAUUACAACAAAGCCUGCCCCACAUUUGGACGGUGUUCAUGUGGUUUUUGGAAAGGUAAUCUCUGGGCAAGAGGUUAUCACUCAAAUCGAGAAUCUCAAAGUCAAUGCAAAAUGUAGGCCAGUGGCGGAUGUAAUUAUAGCUAAUUGUGGCCAGCUCAUAAGAAAGCGACCUGCUGAUGAUGUCGAGACUGAAGUUAAAAAAAGUAAGAAGCACAAAAAACGGAAGCGUGAAAAGGAUAAAGAGAGUAAUAGUGAUUAUGAAGAAAGUCAAACUGUCCUUCCUUCAAUUGGACAGCAAGCUGUUGUAAAUGAGCCAGAAAUCAUUUCUUCUGUCAAGGCAGACGAUUUACCUGAAGUACCGACAACUAAUAAAUUUUUGAUGAGAAGAUCGAAAACGCCUGAAAAUGCUACCAGUCAUUCAAGUCGUCCUCCGGUGCGCCAGUCUUUUGCUAAAACCCGAUCUGGUCAUAGGGUCAAAGGUCGUGGAUCAUUACGUUUUCGGACUCCGUCUGAUGAUGAGGGGAGCCGAGUUCCUGUUCAUUCUCGUUCGCGUAGCGCUACUCCUCCACACUGGAAACGUGAAGAACGUCGAUUGAUUUCAAUGAAGGAACUUCAGGAUCGUAUAAAAAUUAAAUUAGAACAGGAAGAAAAGGAAAUACAAGAAAAACAACAAAAACAGGCAGAAAAUGCUACUAAUGAAACAGAAACUUUUGGGUAUAGGCUUCCAGUGUUUCCCCCGCCUCAACAAGUUAAGGAAAUUAGAGAACGAAAUCAUUCUCAAACUGAGUCUUCUCGUUCUGAACACGUUGAACGUGGUGAUCGCCGUUGGCCAAAUGAUAUGUAUCAACGAGAUCGGGACAGAAUGGCUCGUGUCAGAGAUCAAGAACGUGAUAAUACUCGUAGAGAUAGGCGCUAUCGGGAUGAAGGGGCGCAGAACGGGAGAGCAAGAAGUCGAUCGCCACGUUUUGGAAUGCGAAAUGGUGUAGGUGGACGUUACCCUCAGUCUCCGGACCGUUCAAUUUCUCAUAAUCGUAAGCCGGAAGAGGAUCGGAUGUUUGGGCGCCGAAAUGAAAACGAUCGUGUUCGUAGACGAGAUGAUGAACGCCCAGCUGAAAGGCGUGGAGUUGAACGACGUAAUCAAGAACACGAUAGUGAAACUUCAAAACGUGCAGUUGAUGAAAGUCGUGUAUUUGGUCGUUGGGCAGAUAAUCGUGAUGAAAAUGAAGGGAUGCCGAGAAGACGGUUUGAAGAAGAGAAAAGAUUGUCUCCGUCAAGACAUCAAGAAAGAGAAAGGCGCGAUUAUAGUCGCCGUAACGAGCGUCGCCGCAGUGUAGAGAGAAAUAACAAAACUUCAGAAAUUGAACGUGAACGUGAGUUGGCACGACGGUUGCAUCGGCGAUAUGAAGAAGAAGAAAAGCGUCAUCAAUUUGAUGACAACAGAAAUGAGCAUGAUGUGAAGAGUAGUAAAUCAUCUUCUAAACAAGAAAGGGAGAUUCAAUAUGAGGAUGAGGGUGUUUCUAUCGAAGAUGGUGAAGUUAGUCCAGAAAAGAAAAUUUUAGUUCGAAGGCAACGAAGUGAAGAAAAAGAAGAUGAUGAAGAAACUGAUGUGCCAUUACCAAAUUCUACAUUGUCUGGGUUUUUGAGUCAUUUAAGAGGGAACAAAGAUAACAAGCGAGAUAAAGAAACAAGUUCUACACCUACAAAACAUGAAAAAGGAUCAAAAUCAUUUGAGGAGAAAAUUCCAAAGGAAAGAGAAGAAUCUAAAGAAGAAAAAUCUAUUUCAUUGGAGAGACCUAUUUUAUUGGAGAAGGUAAAGAAUGAACAAUUAACACCAACAAAAACUCCAAAAAAGCAAGAGACAUCUAAUAAGAAAACACCAACUACUGAAGAACUUCCUCCAAAGAAUGUUUCACCAGCAAAGGAAAAUGAUGAAGAAACUCUAAAGGAUUCAGAUUUAAAAAAUAUUGAUCAUCAACAUACAAAUGAUAAUGGACGUGAACGGGAUGAAGAUGAAUUUGGUGAUGAUGAAAAAAUAAAUGAACGUGACGAUUAUUGUGGACGUAACAAUGAUGAAGUGGCCAGAAACAUGGAAUCAAACAUUGCUAAUGUCGAAACACAGGAGGGUCUUCAAUUUACUAGUCAGGAUCAUGAUGAAUCUUCAAAAGAUGUUGAUAAAAAUCGUGAUCGUUUUGAUGAAGAUGCGAUCAAAUCAAGCCAUUUUGUUGAGGAAAAGAAAGCAACGUAUGAAAAUAUUGAUGAACCAGUAGAUAAGGGUGAUAAAGUAGAAGGAACCAUUAAAGAGGAGAAAAUGGAACAGAUAACUUCUCCUGUAAAGUCUCCAACAAAACAAAAAGAGAAGGAAAAACAAAACGAAUAUGAAGUUUCAAGUGUUAAUUUGCUCAAUGAAAACAUUCCUAUGGAAGCAGAGGCUGAACCUGAAGAAGAGGAAUUUAUCUUUAAACAAUUAAUUUUGCCUCAGAAAACUAAAGAGGAGGAAUACUCAACGCCAACAUCUUUACAUAAAUCUCCAGCAAGUAAUCUUUCUACUCCUAAAAAGUAUACUCCGGCACUAAAGAAUGUAUUAAAAGUGGAAAAUGAUAUUGAUAAGGAAAGUCAACAAAUUCCUCAAAAUCCUUCACCACCUUCUUCUGCUUUGUUUAAACCAGAACGUUCAAUUAAAAUUGAUGAGGAUGAAUAUGAUUCUGAUGAAAAUUUAACUGAAAAGAAGAGUAUUAAAAGUGCAGAAAAAGAAAUGUCAAAAGAAUUGAAUGAACGUGCCAAAUCGGAAGAAAGUGUUGCAUCUUCUAAAAAGUCAAAAAAAUCGUCAACAAAAUCUGCUUCAACUGCUGAUUCAUCUACUUCAAGCAGCGAAGACGAUUCUCAUUCUUCAAGUAAUUCUCGCUCUUCAUCUUCCUCAAGUUCUUCAGCAAGCUCAAAACGAAGCCGUGAUCGUCGCAGUCGUCGACGUUCUUCGUCUUCUCGUCGCCGUCAGUCAGCAACGCGUCGACGACGUUCAAGCUCUCGUUCUUCUUAUAGGCGCCGCCGUUCACGCUCUCGACAUCGCUCUCGAUCGCGAGAUUCCCGCAGUUAUCGUCGUCGGAGUACUUCUCGUGAUCGAACUCGUAGGAAUCGUACACGAAGUCGAAGUUAUAGACGCAGCAGCCGACGUCGUUCAGACAGCCGUGAUAGACGUAGUAGACGAUGAAUGAAGUGAAAGUAGAGGAGGGAGAGGAUUAAAAAUUUUCUUUUAAAGGUGACGGAAAAAUAUAUAGUCGUAUCUCGAUAUAAUGGACCCUUAAUUAACGAAUCCCUUUAUAUAAUGAAUUUUUUCUUCAACCCCUCUGCUUCAGUUAUUUCGAGAUUCGACUAUAAUUUAUUUUAAUAUUUUGAAUCUUCCAUUUUAAUUUUCCUUUCAAUGAUUCAAAAUUUUAAAAUGAAAUAAUUUUGGAAGUCUGAGACAAAUAUUAUUUUAAUUGUCAAUUUUGUUGUUUUUAAGCCUCAUUUAUUUUUUGUUUCCAAUAUUUUUUUUCAAAUUUAGUCUUUACCGAAAACAUUUGUGGUCGUUUAUUGCAAUACAAUUUUGUGUUGUCAACCCUCUAAUAUUUUCACCAAAAAUAUUUUUCAAUUAAUCUCCCUUUUGUGUAUUUUUAAAAAGUAUGCAUAAAGCUCUUAAAAAUGUGAGGGUCUGAAUUGGAGCCUGAAUAAUUAAUUAUACCACUUUCUCAUCUUAUACGUGUGAUGCGCUCAAAAAAAAUUUUCUGCACGAUUUUAGAAAUUUUAUUCAAAUACAUUUAUAUUUUAAUAUCUAAAAGUCAUAAUUCAUUAUACGAUAAACAUAAAAGCCUAAAACAGAACAAUUUAAAAUCAUAAUUAUAAUUAAAGUUUUCCUCCAUCUUGAAAUUUUAUUUUUCACAUCAGAAAAUCCUGUCCUAAUCUCCAACUGUAAUUCUGUCCGAACUCGUCUAUUGUCAAAAUUAAAAAUGCU